CUAAACCCUCGAAAUCCCCCAAAAUCAAAAUAACUUCACUCUCACAGUUCCAUACUCACUUCAAUUCAAUUCGCUUCACUUUGACUCGGAUUCUUACCAUAUUCGUCAACGAAAUGCAAAAUCCAGUGGUGUAGUAGUUCAUGAUCGAAACUAGCUAGUUCAUGUGGGAGAUGAUGGCAAACUUCGCUUCUUUUUUGUUGCUGAGCUGUGUGGUGGUGCUGAUCGCAUUUGUGCAUGAAACGUUGCCGUAUGGUGGUUCUUCUGGACCGCACAUUGCAGAUGUUAACCUUCUUUUGCCUCCCAAAAUGACUUACCCUGUCGAGUACAGGCUUCAAGGAAGUGAUGGUUGCUUCAAAUGGUCAUGGGAUCAUCAUGAUAUACUAUCUGUACUGCCGGAGUACAACUCUAGCAGCAAGUGCUCAACUAGUGCAAGGCUGCGAUCAAUUGCCCCUUAUAGUGGUCGGAAGGAGACUGCCGUUUAUGCUGCUGAUGUAAAUACUGGGGUUGUAGUUCGAUGCAAAGUCUUCAUUGAUAAUAUAUCCAGGAUCCAGAUAUUCCAUAAUUCUAUUAAGCUUGAUUUGGAUGGACUUGCUACACUACGCAUCCGUGCCUUUGACAGUGAAGAAAAUGUGUUUUCCUCAUUAGUUGGCUUACAGUUUAUGUGGAACCUUAUGCCUGAAGUCAGUGGAUUGCCUCACCACCUUGUUAAUGUUCCUCUAAAGGAUUCUCCCCUUAGUGAUUGUGGAGGACUCUGUGGUGACUUGGAUAUACAAAUAAUGCUUGAAGAAAAUGGUGUAUUUUCAGAUCUAUAUGUAGUAAGGGGAGUUGAGAUUGGCCAUGAGCUUGUCUCUGUGCUUUUGCUUGAGCCACAGUUGAAGAAUUUGUCUGAUGAGAUUGUUCUCACUGUAGCUGAAGCUAUGUCACUUGAUCCUCCCUCACCAGUUUUUGUCCUUGUUGGUGCAGUCAUUCCCUAUACACUUAAAGUCACUCGGGGAAAUGUUCCUCAAGUGGUUGCUUUACCGUCACCACAUCAUCACUGGUCUGUCUCAAAUGGUUCGGUUGCUCAGGUUGACUCAAAGACAGGAUUAGCAUAUGCAUGGAACUUGGGAAUGACAGCUAUCAUUGUUGAAGACAUAAGGGUUGCUGGUCAUGUACAAGUUUCUUCACUAAACGUCGUCCUACCAGCUUCGUUAAGUUUAUUUCUAGCACCUUUAUCUAGUACUGGUGAUCCUGUGGAAGAAAUCGACUCCAUACCUCAAACGGCUCGUUGGUAUGUAGUGUCUGGCCAUCAGUAUCUUAUCCAGAUAAAGGUUUUUGCACAUGCUCAUGAUGCACAAGAGAUUUAUAUCACCGAGAAUGAUGAUAUUAAGGUUUAUGAUGACCACAAAUACUUUAGAACAUUUUUGGUUUCAAAUGAUAUUGCUGUCAAACAUGGCUGGCGGAAUUCUAAAAUCCUUAAAGCUUAUUCCCCUGGACUUGGAAAAUUUACAGCUUCUUUGGCCUAUCCUGCUGGGACCGACAACAAAAAGGAGAUUAUAACAGUUGUGCAAGAGAUUAUGAUUUGUGAUCAAGUGAUGUUCACUUUGGAAAAUGAAAAUAGAACCAUCUUAUUGCCUUGGGCCCCUGGUGUUUAUCAAGAUGUGGAGUUGAAGGCCAUAGGAGGUUGUGCAAAAGCAGUGAGUGACUACAAAUGGUUGUCUUCAGACACAUCUACUGUAUCUGUAUCAGCAUUUGGUAUUGUUCAGGCAAAAAAGCCUGGUAAAGCUACCAUUAAAGUGUUUUCUAUAUAUGAUUCACUAAAUUAUGAUGAGGUCCUCGUUGAAGUCUCCAUCCCAUCUUCUAUGGUUGUGCUUCACAAUUUUCCAGUAGAAACUGUUGUUGGAUCACACCUUCAAGCUGCUGUGACAAUGAAAGCAGCAAACGGUGCCUUCUUUUAUAGAUGCAAUGUCUUUAAUUCUUUGAUUAAAUGGAAAGCUGGAAGCGAGUCUUUUGUAAUUGUCAAUUCAACUCGGGACUUAUCAUAUUUGGAAACAGCGACAAAUACUCAGUUCCAUUCAUCAGCUGAUGGUUUUCCUUGCUCUUGGACACAUUUAUAUGCUUUGAAUCCUGGUCAUGCUGUGAUCCAUGCCAUACUUUCUAAAGAAUAUAAUGAAUACAGUCAUGGUCCUGUUGUCUUAAAAGCAUCAUUUCGUGUUGCGGCAUAUGUACCCCUUAUUGUGCAACAGGCUAGUGAUGGAAACAAAUUUGGUGGUUACUGGCUUGACUUGGCUCAAACAAAAAGUAAUAAGCAAUCUCAUACGUUAGAGGAGUUAUACCUUGUCCCUGGGACAAGUUUAGACAUAUUACUUGUUGGUGGACCUGAACAGUGGGACAAAGGUGUUGAUUUUAUUGAAACUGUGAAUGUUAUACGUCAGGAUAAUGCUCUGGUUGAAAAUGGAGUUCUUGUGCAUAGGUUAUCUGGUAGCUAUAACAGUUUGUAUGGAGUUUCAUGUCAAACACUGGGAACCUUUAAACUUCUUUUCAAACGUGGGAACUUGGUGGGAGAUGACCAUCCUCUUCCUUCAGUAGCUGAAGUUUGGCUGUCGGUUACUUGUAGCAUUCCUUCUCAUAUUGUAGUCAUUGCUGACGAACCAGUGAAUGAACGCGUAAUUAUUAGAGCCGCAGCUCAAGCUGACCGUAGUUCGGGGCAACUUCGAAAUUCCCCUGUUACUGUGGCAAAUGGACGCACUAUUCGGGUAUCUGCUGCUGGUAUUAGUGAUUCUGGAGAACCUUUUGCAAACUCAUCUUCUCUCAGUUUGAGCUGGGAGCUUAGCAGUUGUGAGGGACUAGCAUAUUGGGAUUAUGCUUUUGAUAUUGUGAAGUCCAACAACUGGGAGAGAUUCUUGGUCUUGCAAAAUGAAUCAGGAUUGUGCAUUGUUCGUGCUACUGUUACUGGCUUCAUUGGCAGCUUGGAAUACAAUACAUCUCACCUCUUUUGUGAAAGAGAAAAUUUGCUAACAGAUGCAAUUCGGUUACAGCUAGUUUCUACCCUAAGAGUUGAUCCAGAGUUCAACUUGAUAUAUUUCAAUCCUAAGGCAAAGGUAAAUUUGUCAAUUACUGGUGGGAGCUGUUUCUUGGAAGCUGUUACAAAUGAUUCUCAAGUUGUGGAAGUCACCCAGCCACCAUCAGGACUAGAAUGCUUUCAACUAAUUCUCUCUCCAAAGGGAUUAGGGAUAGCUAAUCUGACUUUGUAUGACAUUGGGCUAACUCCUCCACCAAGAGCAUCUGCCCUUGUCCAAGUAGCAGAUAUAGAAUGGAUUAAGAUCGCAUCAGGAGAGGAGAUUAGCUUGAUGGAGGGAGGUUUGCAAACUAUUGACUUAUUGGCUGGUACUAAUGAUGGAAGGAAUUUUCUUGCUUCUCAGUUUGUUUACAUGACUCUUCAUGUACAUGUUGAGGAUGGUAUACUUGAGCUGCUGGAUUCCGACAAUUUCUCAAGUCUUGUAGGUGGACAUGUUAAUGCACCAAGUUUUAAAAUAAGGGGGAGACAUCUUGGAAUUACAACCCUUCAUGUCAGUGCUGUUCAACAUUCUGGACAUAUAAUACAGAGUCAAGCUAUUAAGGUGGAAGUAUAUGCACCACCAGUAAUACACCCUCGUGAUAUCUUCCUGCUUCCUGGUGCGUCAUAUGUGCUGGCCAUGAAAGGAGGCCCAACUCUUGGUGUUAACGUUGAGUAUUUGAUUGAAAAUGAUAAAAUUGCAAGUAUUGAUAGAUAUUCUGGAAGGCUCUUGGCAAUAUCUGUUGGGAACACUACAAUUAUUGCCAGUGUGCUUGUGAACGGGAACAAUGUUAUUUGUGAAGCACAGAGCAGUUUAAGGGUGGGAGUUCCAUCUACUGUCAAAUUGCAUGUGCAGAGUGAACAACUUGGGGUUGGCCGCAAAUUGCCAAUUUAUCCAUUAUUUCCCGAGGGAAACUUGUUUUCAUUUUAUGAGCUGUGCAAAAAUUACCACUGGACUAUUGAAGAUGAAAAGAUAUUGAGUUUCAAAAUGGCAGAAAGCUUGCUUAGUGCUUCUGAAGAAAGUCAAGUUAGUGGUUCCGGGGAUGAGAAUGACCUUGGCUUUAUUAAUGUCUUGUAUGGAAGGUCUGCAGGCAAGACCAGUGUUGCUGUGUCAUUUUCGUGUGAACUCUCAACUUCUCGUUCAAAGCCGCAGUCAAGGUUUUACAGUUCAUCUUUAUCAGUGACAGUGGUUCCUGAUCUUCCCUUGGCUUUGGGGGUCCCAAUAACCUGGAUUCUUCCUCCCCAUUAUGAAACUACAAGCCUAUUGCCUUCAUCAUCAGAAUCUUAUUCGCAGUUUGAUAGUCAUAAUCGUAAAGGAGCCAUUAUUUAUUCUUUAUUGAAAAGUUUGGAGAAAAGUUCUUUGCAAAAGGAUGACAUAUUCAUUGAUGGGGACAGAAUUAAAACAACUGCAAGUAAUAAUCUUGCCUGCAUUCAAGCUAAAGAUCGUAACACAGGAAGAACAGAGAUAGCUUCUUGUGUAAAGGUUGCUGAGGUCAGUCAGAUAAGAAUAGCCAAUAAGGAGGUUCUUCUCAGUGUUGUUAACCUUGCUGUUGGUGCAGAAUUUGAUCUUCCAACUAGCUUAUAUGAUUAUUUAGGAAAUCCUUUUUAUGAAGCAUACAAUGCAGUGCCUUUUUAUGUUGAAAGUAACUACCCUGAUAUUCUUCACACAAACAGAACAGCUGAUGGAAAAGGGACUGUACAUGUCAAGGCAAUUCGACAAGGUAAAGCUCUUGUGCGUGUAUCAAUUGGUGAAGCCCCACAAAAAUCAGAUUAUGUGCUUAUUAAAGUUGGUGCUCAUAUACAUCCUCAAAAUCCAGUCAUUCACAUUGGAAGCCCUCUUAACUUCAGCGUAAAAGGUUUGAGCGAUACUGUUUCUGGACAGUGGUUUACCACAAAUGGAAGUGUCAUAUCGGUUGACCCAAUAUCUGGGAUGGUCAAAGCUAUUGGGGAAGGUUCAGCCCAAGUGUCUUUCCAGUAUGCAAGAUCAAAACUGCAAACAACAAUUACAGUGUUAAAAGGAGAUACCAUUUCUGUUGAUGCUCCGAAAGAGAUGUUAACUAAUGUUCCAUACCCUACAAAAGGAUACAACUUCCCCGUGAAGCUAAGCAUUAGUGCUGGUUCACCUGGAGGAAACAAUGGAGUUUCGUUUGAUUGUAGAGUAGAUCCACCAUACGUGGGGUACGUGAAGCCAUGGCUGGAUUUGGACUCUGGCAACACAUACUGUCUUUUCUUCCCUUACUCACCAGAGCAUUUGGUGCACUCGGUACCCAAGUUAGAAGGCUCGAGACGAGACAUAUCUCUCUCCAUAUAUGCUUCCCUUAGACAACAUAAUCGUAUUUCGGGAUCUGCUUCAGCACUUUUUAUUGGAGGGUUUUCUGUAAAGGAGAUGGGCAAGAAUUCAAUGCAACUGAAUCUGUCUUCAGUCUCUAACAGAAGUAGUAUAACCAUCUUGGGAAAUACUGAUGUUGAAAUUCAAUGGCAUCACCAAGAUUUGGUUAUGGUUAGUCCAAUUCAUAAAGAAGAUUUUGGCAUUCGAGGCCUGGCACAAUAUGAGGUGAAAGUGCUGGAAAACAAGAGAUUCCAGGACAAAAUCAUCGUUACACUUCCAGCUACUGGCCAGAGAGUAGAAAUAGGUGUAAACUAUGAACCUGAGGAAACAGCGCCGUCCAGUGGAACCUUUGAUAAAGCCCUCAUUGCAAUCAUACUGGGGACACUUCUGCUGUCAACUCUCAUAUUUUGGAUCUUUGGCUUCUUGGAUGGACGAGUGAGAUCUCAGCGAACCAGUGCCCUGGCUACCACAAGCAGCGCCACAGCAGCACCUACCACACCGGAAAGAAGCAGCCCUGCCAUUGUAAAGGAAAUGUCUCCUCGGACGCCGCAACCUUUUGUAGAAUAUGUGAGGAGAACUAUUGAUGAAACUCCAUACUACAAGCGAGAAAGGAGAAGGGUUAAUCCACAGAAUACGUUUUAGGGUUUUAAUGGGCUAAUUGACACCUCCCACAAUUUUCAUCACACAUAGGUGGAGUGCACUCUUGCUCAUUGUUGUAUUAUAAUCUUCUCAAUGACAAUUUUGGUAAUUAGUAGUGUAAAUUUAAGAAUGUAUGCUAGCAUUCUGUAUUAAUUAGUGUCCAUUUAUAUGUAUGGUUGCUAGGUUAAUGUUGUUGUUAAUGUGAUGUUACCAUGCACGUGAAAGGGUGGAAACUAAUAAACAUUCCCGGGGAGAAUAAAAGCACAA